UUCGCUGUUAUUAUUGUUUCGAUGCGAUCGGUGGCUGUAUGGCAUAGAUAGUGGCGGUAGUUGCCUUCUUUCAUUUAAAUUGUGCAAUUGGUUAGGGCCUUCGGCACGUUUGCGUAGUUGGUUGGGUUUGUUCGCUUGUAACGGUGGGGUAGCCGGUGAAUUUUUGUAACGUUAGGCCGCUGUGGAAACCUGUUGCAGAAAUUUUAGGAACUUCUUUAACGUCGAAACUCAAACUUUUAAACGAUGGCCUCUUCGUCCGGGAAUGACGACGAUCUGACUAUACCGAGGGCAGCUAUUAACAAAAUGAUUAAAGAAACUCUUCCUAACGUCCGGGUUGCAAACGAUGCCCGAGAACUCGUGGUGAAUUGCUGCACUGAAUUCAUUCAUCUCAUUUCAUCAGAAGCGAAUGAAAUCUGUAACAAGUCUGAAAAGAAAACAAUUUCUCCAGAGCACGUCAUUAACGCACUUGAAAGCUUGGGCUUUGCGUCCUACAUAGCCGAAGUGAAGGACGUCUUGCAGGAGUGUAAAACGGUAGCACUUAAACGACGGAAAGCGAGCUCCCGCCUGGAGAACCUGGGGAUUCCCGAAGAGGAGCUGCUCCGACAGCAGCAGGAGCUGUUUGCCAAGGCACGGCAGCAGCAAGCGGAGCUGGCCCAACAGGAAUGGCUGCAGAUGCAGCAGGCUGCUCAGCAGGCCCAGCUGGCCGCCGCCGCCUCGGCCAGCGCCACGCACCAGGCCGGCUCCUCUCAGGACGAGGACGAGGAGGACGACAUGUGACCCCGCGCGUCGUGGCCCCGCCCCCCGGCACCCGGCGAGGAGGGUGCGGUCUGUGCCUCCUCGCAGACGGGCCAGGACAUCAACAGUGUUGUGACUUGGGGACCCUCCUGCCCCCAACCCACCCCGUCUGUCCAAACUGACUUGUACCCUUUUCUUUUCAGCUAUGAGGUUUUCCUUCUGUUAGACUCUGUUAUUUCGGAGCUGUCUUGUCAGCUGCAUACCUCCAGUAUCUCUCACACACACACACACACUUUCUCCCACAGUGUGAUUAGUUGGCAUAAUUUGAAAGUUCAAGAUUCGUAGCCAUCAUCUCAUUUGUUUUUGUCAACCCUCUUCGUUUAUCCCGGGAUUUGUAAGGAUUUGUCUUAGAUUUGUCAUGUUUCUUAUGUGUUGGAUUAAAGAUGCAUCAAGGCGGAUGCAGUAAAGGAUGCAUGGUUGGCAGGGUCAUUGUAGGAGGGAGCAGAGUUCUCCAGACAUUGCCCUCUUUUUGUUAAUGUUAUGGAUUUUUUUCUUUUUAUUUGAUUACAAUUUUCAGUUAAACAAUUGGUGCAGGAAAGUGUUCUUGUGUAAGAGGGUUUUUUUUCCCUGUCCAAGUCUCACUGAAGUUUUUUUCUUUUUUUUUGUAAAUUUAAAUAAAAAUGUGACUAUGACCUUUAGGCAUUUUUUAAAGUCACAAUGUUGUGUAUUUAGGGUUAGCCCCUACUCCCCAUUCAGUAUUGCAGUGAAAGUAAACCCUAACAGACAUAGGAAUUACACUUUUUGUCUGGUAGAACCAAAGAGAAGACGACGACACACAGUAAUAAGGUGGAUUUAAACUUGAAAUACUACGGAUAGUCAUGGUGUGUGCGCCCUCUACAGGUGGUGCUAUGUAGCUACAUCAAAAGGACUAACAAGACCAUAGUUAAAAUCAGUUUGACAUCUAAGCAGGUGUGUUUCUGGAAGGGAUGUGUAAAAGUUGCUUCAUGGAUGAGUGGUGAUAAAUAUUGUGAUUUGUGAUUGCUGACCAUAAGGACCGUUGUCAUGCCUUCUCACAAGCUGUAUUCUGAGCAAUAAAGUC